GUGUUUUCAAUUCCUAGCACUUGAACUAAACCAAUAUACUAUUUUGGUAACACAAAGAUAGAUAGUUGAUAGUUGAGUCUGAUGAAGCAACAACAAUAAACAUUUUGUGUCCGUCAUAUUAGGGUUUCUUUGGCGGUGCCUUCAAUCCACUAUCCACUCAUCUCCAGAGAUUGUGAGGCCAUCGGUAUUGAUUUUGUGGGUUCCAUAAAAGGUUGUUAAGACGGGUUCGCUUUGUUGCGUGGCCGCAAGGCCACAUGGACCUGAUGCAGCAAGCGGGGAGUGGUCCAUUGGUCCGCAAGAGCCCUAUUGGAGAACUAACACAAGCUUCUCACCUCCACCAUCAAGAUGGGAUUUCAGGUUCCAACCUGAAAGUCUAUCGUUUCGUUCUAAUGAGGAAAGUCAGUUGUAUGGCUCUUCAACUUCUUCAAAUAGCAGAGAAAGUAGAAGCUGGUUACGAGGGAACCAUCACGCUAAUCACAACUAUCAUGUGUCAGAUGGUGCUGGCCCGUAUUUUAGCAGUCCCUCUGAAAUAUCUCCCGGACAGCAGUGGACUCCUCCAAUUAUUCAGGAAAUUAAUGUAGAAGAUUAUGGAAAUUCAUCUAGGAGAGUUCCAGGGCGGUUAUCCUUUUCACCUGCUAUUGAGGGUAUACUGGCAGUUCAAGAUAGUAUUGGGUCUACUUCAUCCCGAUCGGAAAACAGUGAUUAUGAUUCUGUGGUCAAGUCGCAUUCUUCCCAUCGCAGUCGACGCUACUUUAUGUCCAAACCUAUUCAUCCUCUUUCUCUUCCAUAUGAUAUGCCUGCAAGAGAAACUCUUGACACUAGACCCAAUGGCUUUUCGGAAUCUGAUUCCUCUAUUUCUCAAAGAGACAAACAUCAGUUUAGCAAUGCUAGUGGUGACGUUGAUAUUACAGAUGUUUCUGUGCCUACUGAAUUUUAUACCUCUAACCAGCUGCACAGCUUAUCUGAAGGUUUCAAAUGUGGGUUGUGCGAGAGGUAUCUUUCUCAGAGAUCACCUUGGGGUUCUCGAAGCAUUGUGAGAAGUGGAGACAUGCCGGUUGCUGGAAUUCUUUCAUGCCGUCAUAUUUUUCAUGCAGAAUGCUUGGAGCAAACGACGCCUAAAGCACGCAGAAACGACCCUCCUUGUCCUUUAUGUGCUAGAGAAAAUGAGGUAAAAAGUGGUGAGCAACGUUCUUGUUCCAAAUUAAGAAACAGUAAUCCACGACUAAGACCUUUCCGUGAAGAUGGUCCAUCUAAGCCAUGGGGCUGUGCACAAGCAGGAGACUGUGUUGAAAGUGCAUUGCAGGCACCUCCACGCAACACUAUGCUGUUACUUAAUCGGAGUCGCAUCAAGAAGAACCUAUCUUUGAAGGGUAAUUCAGGCAAGGAAUUUCCAGGCAAGCCGAGGAAAAGUGGCACAUUCUCAUCUCAAUUAUUUAUUGGAUCAGUUGAUCAGGACGCAAUUGACUCUGAGACAACAGGAAGUUCUUGUACAAAAUGAUGAUGAAACAUAUGCACAUAUAGCUCGGGCAGUAAUUACACGGGAGGGGAAUCAUACCAUUUUCAUGCAAACUUUUUGCUCGAUUCCACUUCCUAACGGGUCUUAAUAUACUAAUAUGAACCAGCUCUACUCUCUUGUUGUAGUCUUAAUCUAGUUAACAUUGGGUGUAGGCUGUUUUAUGCCAAAUUACAUAUUCUCCCCCCUUAUUGGGUUUUCUGGUUUUUCCUGGUAGUUAAACUUAAAAUGAUCGCAGAUGUAUAAUCUAAAUCUAAUUGGUACCAGAGUUGUUUGUUGUGUGUUGGAAUCAAAUCCACUGCUGAAUCUUGUUUCUGAAA